AUGGACCCUGAAAAAGAGGUGAUACAAAAAGAAGAGGUGGAGGACACGUCUGAGUCUCAACCGGAGCAGCCAAGAUUUUCCAGCGCAAGUUCGUGGCUCAACCAGGGGACCUCAUGGGGCGCUUCUUUUCUUUCCAGUGCCAGGGAGAAAGUUUUUGAUUUUGAAAUUGUGAACUCAUGAACUUCCAAUUGAUUAAAGACGAUGAAUACACUCGAUUUGGUGAAGAAGGACUUGUCUGAACUGACCGACGCCAUGUCGGCAGAAGUGACUGAUUUGGCAAGUGCUGCGAAAGAAGGUUUAUAUAUAUAUUUUUUUUUUCUUAUUGGGAUUUUUAUUUUUUAGUUUAUCAAGUUUUCUUUUAAAAUCUGAAGAUAUUCUAGCUCUCUGAAUAGAAAAAAAUUCAUUUUAACCCAUUUUUUUGAAAUUCCUCAUUUUUCAAGGAUUCGGUACGGCAGCCAAUGCUGUUAAGCAACAAGCGCAAAUGCUCGAGAAGUUGGUGACGCCUGAAGAAGAAACCAAGGAAUUUCCCGGAGGCGAAACUGGGGUUUCAACUCAGUCUUUCUUUUAAAUUUUGUUUGAAAAAACUAUUUCAUCCAAAAAAUAUUUAAAUUUCGUAUAGAGUAAUUGAUUCGAUCGUUCUAAAAGCUCAACGAAUUUGUUAAUUUAAAGUCAAUGUUUUAGCGAAAAAAGUAAGCUGCUCAGAAAAAAUAUAGAUCACGGCUUUCGUGAGGCAGUAGUAAAUGGGGUCCUCAGGCUUCCGAGGAGAAAAGCGAGAAAGGCGGCGUCGGAUUCGGCUGGGUGCGGAGUUUCGUCGGCACGGUCAGCGACACGGUCAAGAGUCUGGCGAUGGAGGAAACGACUAGAGACGAGGAACUAAUUACAGAGGCGAUCCGUCCCCAACCUGCUCGCAAAACCGCUAUUUCGCCGGUUUGCCCUGACUCUUUCACUGUUAGAUUCCUUUAAUUCCUCUUUUUUCAGUUGAAGCUUGCGGAGAUCCAGAAUUCGGAGCUUACUUACACCAACGAAAAUAAAAAUGACGACGUCUUCACCCGUUGGCUCGAUCGUUUCAGGUUUGCUCAUUAUUAUUCAUGUACACUUUAAAAAUUCAGCAAAAAUAACGUUCAGUUUAUGUAUUUUAUGAAAUUAAACUUUUUCUUUUUCAUUUUACCAACCUCCAUUCAUUUCUUUGUAUGACAUCGAAAGAAUAGGACGCUGAGUUCUAAAAAAAAUCAGACUAGAAUUUCCACUAGAAGGCUUCAUUCAUUAAAAAAUAGAUAAAAAAUGGAAAAUCAGGGAAUUGAGCGUGUAAGAAAAGCCAAAAAUGAUUUUGAAUGACUCAGAUCGUUGACCUAAGAUCCCAAUCAAACCUACUUUUCAUGAAAUUUUGUAAUUUUUGCAGGAUAGACGAGUAUGAUGGCGAGAUCAACAUGUUGCUGGCCAAUAACCCACACAUGCGCCAACUUUUUGCCACUCUUGUAAGUUCUCGCUUCGUUUUCAACUUUCAACCGUUUUUUUAAGGUUCCCGCCACUGUGAGCAACGCGGAUUUCUGGGCACGCUACUUUUAUGCCGUCGAAAUGGCUGAAAUGGACGAGGAAUUGAAGAGUUCCUUCUGUGCCGACGUGCUCAAAGUGGACACGGAAGCCAAGAAAGCGGCUGAGAAGGGUGAAGAAACAUUUGUGAAAGGGUGGCUGAGCAGUAUAGUUAUAGAGAAGAAGACGAGCACGCCUUCGUCGAAAAAAUCGACACCGACUUCUGAAGGAUCGGCCGUCGUCGUCGAGGAGCCCACCAGCCCCUCCCAGUCUUCCGAUUGGAGCGUUUGCAGCGAGAAAAACGUUGAGGUUGAGCUUAUCUUUCUAGCGAAAAUAAUUUCGAUAAUAUCGAAAAAAUCGAAGGUUUUCAAAUUUUGAAAUUGCAGGAUGUGCUUCUCUAAAUAAAAAAUGAUUAGAGAUUGUUGCAGGAGAUCCUCUCGAAUGACGAAGAUGAAACUGGUCCUCUGACGCCACGACCUUCUACGGACACUCCCGCAGCCAAGGAGGACGGCUGGGUCGACUGGGACGAGUGA